CCGUCAGCGGGCAGUCUCUUAUUACGCCCGCGCUCAACUCUACGCGAAUUCUAAGUCCUCUUCUUAGAACGCUUCCCAAUGAUAACGCGAUUCGCUAAGGAUAUCAAGAUCUCGAAAGUCACACCGAAAUAACGGACUUUAUUUGGCGAAAAAAAGGAGCGAGACAACGUUUGGAAUUGUCUUCGAGAGUAUAAUGACGAUGUGAUUGUAAUCGAGUUAUUAACUAGGGGACAAAGUUGAGAAUAAUGCGAGUAACGAAUUCUAAUACUGGAGAACAAUGUGGAUUUUGACAGAGUGAGCUAUUUGUAGUUUCGGUAGAGAAAUGACAUGACAAAAUUGGGAUAUAGCUUUAUAUUAAGCGAAAAGGACUAAAUAGUUUUUUUUAAUUGACGUAAAUAUGACGUGAAUAUCGAAACUUUGAUCAAGUGAGCGUAAAUUCGAUGAUGUCGAAGAGCCUGUUAUUGACUUAAUAAAUAGCGGAAAACAUUGAUUUUCCAAUCUGCAUGAUUGAUCAGGAUAUUAUGGAUGACAUGGAUAUAAGGCCUUAAUGAAGUGAUAAUCACUUCGGUACAAGUUACAUCAAACUCAUUAAGAGUGUCUUACGUACCAUCGUGAUCUACGUUCAGCUGCGCGAUAGUUAGAUCGGCAUUUCACGCAGAGUUUCAUCGAUCGGCAUAAAUCGGUGCUUUCUGCAAGUGAACGAACGAGAACGAGGCAAGAAGAUCCUACUCUGCUCAUCGAGAAGAGAGGUGAUUAGCGAACCUCGUUGCUUCGGCAGUAGGAUCACGUCGGCGUUAACACGCGCGCAUCAAGAAUCUUCGCUGAGGCGCAUACCGAUCAUCAUACUGUGAUCAACGAUACUUUCCAUUCAUAUAAAUAUUUUUGGAAAAAACGAGAAACCGUUAAUUAUCAAACGAAAAAAAUAAAUUGUCGAAGGAAAAUUGAGAGUCACGAAAAAGACUAGUUUACUAAAGAAGAAGGAUUAGUUGAUUAUUUGGGAGGAGAAAGAAAUUAAUUGCUGAAGAAAAAGAAAUUUUAAGGUUUACAAAGGAAAAAGUUAUUAACGAGAGAAAAUUUGUUAUUAGAGAAAAAGAAAAAAGAAGAAAGAGAGAUUAUUUCUACCGAGAAAGAAAUCUGUGUGUGCUAAUAAAGGAAAGGCAGAGGAAAAUUGUAUUAUUACUAUUAUUAAUUUUUAAAAUUAAUUUAAUUAUUGAAAAUAUAUUUCUGCAAAUUCUUAACAGUGAGAUGUGAAAGCAUUGCAUUUUAUAGAACACUUGGGUGUGUACCGCAAUUCUCAAUGAUGCGGAACUCGCUUUGAACUGCAGUCUCUAUAGGCCGACGACCUUGCAGAGUAAAAGAAUAUUUAGACUACGUUAAGAAACCAUAGGAAGAAUCGGAAUUAUAUAAGAAGAAAAACAACAUCGAGAAUGUUUAAUAUUUAAAAUCCAUAUUGUACACGAGAGAAUCCCGCUGUGAAAAUAACUUUCAACGAUCAGAAGAAAAGGGAAAAAAUAAGUGGUCAGAAUGUGAUCAGUGUCACUGUAAAUUUGUCCAGCUGACGAUGACAAAUUUAUUUGUGACGAAGAAUUUUAAUUAAUUUUUGAGAACGCUACUUUGUGAUCGUUGCUACGCACAGUAGUUCGUAUACGAAUUCGCGAGUAGUGUUCGCGGAAUUUUUUACGUCUCCACCGAACAUACGAUAUGAACGACGACGUUGCUGGACGCAACGGGUGAUACGCAAGAAUACGUUCUUUCACAAGCUAGAUGAUGUUCGCCAGAUUUUGCAGACAAGUUCCAGAUGGGGAUCUGAAGAGGCGACACUCCUGGAGUAGCGAGAUCGACUAUCAAUCGGAGGAAACGGAAGCUGUAACUAUCUCAGGGGAAGAUCCCGCUCUUCUAUCUCCGUCGAUCAACGAUAGAAUCUCGUACAAGGAGUAUGGCCGUUCGAUGCAGACGGUGGACCUGGUGGCGGACUGCCCGUUGCAGGUCGUGACGGGUGACUCUAGAUCGCCGCCACUCUCGAGAGCGCCGACGCCCUCCCCGACGUCCGUCGCAUCGACGGCGAGCAUGGGGCAACGAUCGAGCACCCUGUUACGCCCCAGAAUCUCGCUAACUUGGGUCUUGCGCGGCCAACAACAAUCCAACUUGGGUCCUGGACCCAAUAACUAUUCGACCAUUAAUAGCAAUGGAGGUACAAACAAUGAUAGAGGCGCUUUCUCACGGAACAGCAAGAGAUCCUCGAGAAAAAGCGUUAAAAGUGUCAAAGAGAAGGACACUGCUAGCAAGGAGAAUAUCGAGAACAAGGAGAGCAUUGAAAAGCGCGAGAAGAAGAUCUUGCACAGGCUCCACAAGAUUGAAAGAAUUGAGAAGACUAUUGGCAAAGAAACGAUUGGCGAGAAGCAGUCGGAUAGUCCUCUGGAGAAGCAUCUUGACAAAGAAUCUAUCAAAGAUACGAAGGAAAAGGAAAAAGUGAAGAGAGCGGUAUCUGAACCUUCCUUGGUAUCUCGUGAAUCAACGUCGACACCUAAUGGACGAGAGAAACAUCGACAUAGGCGGACCAAACGUUCACAUAAACCUAGACUACCUAGUAGAUUCGGCUACGAGAUCGCUGAUCUUGAUGCGUUUCUGACAAAGGCGUCCAUAGAGAGACCAGCAAACAUUCCAGUUGUCUUAUCUUUCCCAUCGGUAUUAUAUCAAACUCAAGGCGGUAUACAGGACGAGAUGGCUCUCCCUCUGGGUACAGUCGUGAAUGCCGUCUUCAAGAACCAAACCUGGCUGUAUGUGCAAACGCCUCACGGACAGGAGGGUUACGUCGGCUACGCCGCCUGUUUGCCCUUGGGCAUCCUACCACAACCUACGCGAGGACCAUGCUGGGAAGAUUCUACCGAUGUUUUUCCCCAACCAUUAGGCAACAUGACGGAUAUGGAGAAGCUGCGCGAUACUAGAUCCGAGUGCGGGGCUAGUCGUGGACGUAGCGGCAGAAUGAGACGAGGUCCAAGAGACGCGGUGUCGGCAUGCGGCGAGCGCAGCGUCGAUCGGCUGUACCUGAGGGCGGCGGCGAACGCGCGCAUCAAAGGUUCGCGGCACACACUCCUGGUGAUCAGGAACGAUUACGAGGCACGUGCCGCGAACGCCCUGACGGUCUCAAAGGGCGAUGUGGUCGCUCUGUUGAGCGAUCACACGAACGAUUGGUUCUGGGUGCGCUCAAGAGACGGUAGAGAAGGAUUCAUUCCCGCGGUCAUCGCCGGUCAUGGCUUCCUCUGAUCUCUUUCAACCGGAGAAAUGCUUAUUCACGGGGUAGCUCCCGUUCACAAAAUUCGAAGUGUGAUAUUGCACUCUUAAGGCAAUAUCCUUAAAAUACUGCCAUUUGUGCAGAUUCGAAUUAGUCCAUUAACAGUUGAUUCUGUAAUUAUGAUAUAAAAAGAAUUUUGGUCCCAUUUUUAAAUAAUUGUAUUAUAAGUUAAAGGAUUCUUUUUUGUUUCAUAAAUGUGAUACCACAAGUUCAG